AGGCGAGCCGCGGCGCGGCGCCUGCCUUCCCGCCCGCCGAAAGGCCCCUCCGCUGCGGCAGCGCCGCCCGUCUGCCCGCCCGGCAGUAACCGUGGAGUUCACUUGCCGCUGCCCAACUUUCGCACCCGGCAAAGAAAUAUGGGAUGUAUAAAAUCAAAAACGAAAGAGAAUCUGCAUGGAGAUGGGCUAGAUUUGAAGAAUCAACCAGUACGUAAAACUGAACGAACUAUUUAUGUGAGGGAUCCAACGUCCAAUAAACAGCAAAGGCCAGCAAUUACAGAAGCACAACUUUUACCAGGACAGAGAUUCAUUCCUGAAGAAAUAGAGGAGCAUGGAGUUAUUGUGGUAGCUUUGUAUCCUUAUGAUGGCAUUCACGAAGAUGACUUGUCCUUCAAAAAAGGAGAAAAAUUGAAAGUUAUUGAGGAGCUAGGAGAAUGGUGGAGAGCAAAAUCUCUCACAACAAGGAAAGAAGGCUUCAUUCCCAGCAACUAUGUAGCAAAAGUAAACACCUUGGAAACCGAAGAAUGGUUCUUCAAAGACAUAACCCGAAAAGAUGCUGAAAGACAACUCCUGGCUCCUGGAAAUGGUCCUGGAGCAUUCCUCAUCAGAGAAAGUGAAACAUUAAAAGGCAGCUAUUCUCUGUCCAUACGAGACUACGAUCCACAAAAUGGUGAUGUUAUUAAGCACUACAAAAUUAGGAGUCUAGACAAUGGAGGAUUUUAUAUCUCUCCAAGAAUAACUUUUCCCAGCAUCAAUGAUAUGAUCAAACAUUAUCAAAAGCAAGCAGAUGGCUUAUGCAGAAAGUUGGAAAAAGCUUGUAUUAGUCCUAAGCCUCAAAAACCAUGGGAUAAAGAUGCAUGGGAAAUUCCACGGGAAUCAAUUAAAUUAGUGAAGAAACUUGGAGCCGGUCAGUUUGGAGAAGUCUGGAUGGGUUACUAUCAUAAUAGUACGAAAGUGGCUGUGAAGACUCUGAAGCCUGGAACUAUGUCUGCACAAGCCUUUCUGGAGGAAGCUAACCUCAUGAAAACACUUCAGCAUGACAAGCUAGUUAGGCUUUAUGCUGUAGUGACCAAAGAAGAACCUAUUUAUAUUAUAACAGAAUUCAUGGCAAAAGGGAGUUUGCUGGAUUUUCUGAAGAGUGAUGAAGGAAGUAAGUUGAUGCUUCCAAAGCUAAUUGACUUCUCAGCUCAGAUUGCAGAAGGAAUGGCAUAUAUAGAAAGAAAAAAUUAUAUCCACCGAGACUUGAGAGCAGCUAAUGUUCUGGUUUCAGAUUUGCUGAUGUGCAAAAUAGCUGAUUUUGGACUAGCCAGAGUCAUUGAAGACAAUGAAUACACAGCAAGAGAAGGUGCAAAGUUUCCCAUCAAAUGGACAGCCCCAGAGGCAAUUAACUAUGGAUCCUUCACUAUUAAAUCUGAUGUGUGGUCAUUUGGGAUUCUCCUGUAUGAAAUCGUUACAUAUGGAAAGAUUCCUUAUCCAGGUAUGAGUAAUUCAGAUGUGAUGGUUGCCCUCCAGCGUGGGUACCGAAUGCCACGUAUGGAAACCUGUCCAGCUGAGCUGUAUGAUAUCAUGAAAACAUGCUGGAAAGACAAAGCAGAAGAGAGGCCAACAUUUGAUUAUCUACAGAGCGUGCUUGAUGACUUCUAUACAGCAACAGAAGGGCAGUAUCAGCAACAGCCAUAGAACAAAGAACGCUUUUCUUUUCUAUUGGCAUGGACCAUUGGCACAGACUAUUAUUUGGACAGACUGGUCAAACCAAUUACUUUGUGACUGUGGAUGUCUUAACCAAGUGUGGAAGCUGAAAUGCUAAAGGAAAGAGUAAUUCUGCAGAGAAAUAAUCAUGUUUUUUCUUUGGUUAAAAUAGUGCCUCUGAAGGUUGAAGUUCUCUUUAAAUACCCUGCAUUUUGCAUACAUGGAAACAUCCCAAACCAAGUAUUUUUGGGGUGGGGAGAGAGAAGGAGUGUGUAGAUUGACAAAGCAUUUUCAGAAUCUAAGUGAUGUAAUACAUUACAAGGAAACCUUUAUAAAAGGAUGAGGAGAUACAUGAACAGCUGUUUUCAAAAGAAAACAUAUUGUAGAAGUUAUUUUUAUAUCCUUGUUAUUUCACAUUAGGAUCUGGAGUACUGUCACCUCUUCCAAGACUUUCUAAAAAGUGUAAAAUUUCCUUUAAGAAAGGAUUAUGGAUGUAAUUUUUUUACACUGAAGUUGAUUUUUUUUCUACUGCUAUAUUACUCAUAUUAAAUUUCAAAACAUUCUCAAAGCAUCGCACAGCCAUCACAGAUGCAGAGGUGCAAUAUGAGCAAGCAUGUGUUUGACCUUUAGUUUCCCAUGAGUCCAGAGUCCUCAGCUGAGGUCAUCAGGAAAGCACAGAAUUCUGAAGGAAGUUAAUAUACUCAUUGCAGUCACUAAAACUGUUACCAGUGAAAAAUAUUUUCAUCUUAAUUCUUUUAAGUGGUCAUGAUUAUUCAAGAAUGUUCUUUUUAUUUUUGCUGCUUUAAUCACCUAACUUAAAAUCUUUUAAAGCCAAAACUAGCUCUAACGUGAUCAAAAAAGUUGUGACAAUUUGCAAUAAAAUAUCAAGUUACAUUGCAGUGACACUAGAGGCUUGUUGCUUACUCUAUAAAUCUGUAACUGAUAACAAAAAGUUAAUGCAUUUUGCUAAGCUCUGCAUAUGUUAAAUUGUUCUGUCAAAAUGACUUCUCAAAAAGCUGAGCUAGUGCAAUUGCAAUGUAACUACAGUGUAGAUUUUUCUUUUUUGAAGUGACACUGUUUCUUACACUUAAAACCCAGCCUCCCCCCUCAAUUACUUAGACAAAUGGUACUUCGCAGAAGCUUAAAAACCCUUUUGAUAAAGUUUCAGUGUGCCUGCAGUUACAGUUCAGCAGCAUAAACAUUCAUUGCUUUUCUUUUCCAUUGGCUUCCUUCAUUCAAUCUGUGCAGUUUAAGCAGACUAUCAGUUAAGUAUGUAAAUAUUGUUUCUAUUGAUGGUGAUUUUUUAAUUUUAAUAAACACUUAAAGAUUAA